AUGGUAGAUGUUGGUGUGUUUGGACUUACUAAAAUGGCGCUGAAUGAGAUCAAACAGAAUGACAUCUCUAAGGACCAGCCCACGUUGGUCCGAUGGUAUAUUGAUGUCAGAAAUUGGGAUAAAAAAUAUUUUGACCUUCCCUUUCUCCAAACCCUAACUCAGUCUGAUCAGACAGCCGUCAAGAAGUACUAUCAAACUUCGGACCAGCACCUGUCGCUAGCGUCCCAGCUCCUGAAAUAUUACUACGUUCACCAAGCCACUGGCACGCCCUGGAAUAAGAUUGAGAUCCAGCGUACUCCCAUACCUGAAAAUCGCCCAUUCUACGACUCAAGUCUUGAUUUCAACGUCAGCCACCAGGCUGGUCUCACUUUGUUCGCAGGCACGCGUGCCGCAACAGCCCACUCAGCCAGUGGACCCCAAGCCUUGCCUCGCGUGGGAAUUGACGUUGCCUGUGUUGAUGAACCCUCUCGUCGUCGCACUAAUCGUCCCCCGAAGACACUUGCCGACCUGGCAACUUUCGUGGAUGUUUUCACUGAAGUUCUCUCUCCCCGUGAGCUUGCAACUAUCAAGAACCCAUACGCGACUCUUAAAUUGGCUCGUGAGCUUGGGUUAAGUAACAGUGACCCGAGAAAAGACAACGAGGAAGUUCUUGCUGCCUAUGGCAUUCGGCUGUUCUACUCGAUUUGGGCUCUCAAGGAGGCGUAUCUGAAAAUGACCGGAGACGGGCUUCUGGCCACUUGGAUAAAGGAUUUGGAAUUCACAAACGUCAUCCCCCCCGAACCUGUUCAGAAAUUAGGAUCCACUGGCCACUCUCUCACUGAGCCCUCGGUCCAAGAUUGGGGCCGGCCUUACUCCGAUAUCAAAAUCUCCUUGCGUGGCAUUCCAAACUAUUCUGUACGCGUCCAGCUCGUCGGCUUCGAGUCCGACUACAUUGUCGCUACAGCCGCGUCGGGCCCCAAUAUCGGAGCCGUUUCGCGGGAAGUCGUCAUGAAUGACAGCAAUCACCACUUGCCCGAAUGCACCACAGUACUCGACCCUGAGAACAGAUCUCAAAACGUCCGCAUUGCCCCCAUCGCGCUUCGUACAGUCGGCGACCAGGACCCCUGGCGUGUGGACUCGAAAAUCAGCGACCCCUGGUUGCCCAUGCAGGAGGUUGAUAUUGACAUCGAUAUCCGGCCCUGUGCCGAGGGCCGCUGCGAGCACACCCAGAACCUAUCAAGUUUCUAA